AAUAACCAGUUGUUGCUUGCUGCAAAUGCGCCAUUGUCACAGCACGAAAACAUAAAAACAAGCAAAGAAGCCUUUCUGAUAUUCAACAGCAAAUCAACCCUUGUUUUUCACUCCUCUUUCUUUCUUUCUUUUUCCUCUUUUUUUCUCUUCAACCAAACAAACCCAGAAAAAUUUCUCUUCCAGGGUGUUGAGGAGAGAGAGAAAAUCACCCAUCAAUGGAGAAUUCAACAAGGUUAGUUCAAGAUAACAACGGGAGCUUGAACUUUCCAUCAUCAUCUUCUUCUUCUUCAUCUCCUUUGAACUCUCCACAUAGCAACAGUGGAACCAACAACAGCAGCAAUGGGGUCGUCCAAAUUCACACCCCACCUUUAACUCCGAUCCCCAUCUCCAGAUCUCAGACCAACCCUUACCCAACAACGUUUGUCCAAGCUGACACGACCAGUUUCAAACAGGUUGUCCAAAUGCUCACUGGUUCAUCGGAGACUGCUAAACAAGCUUCCUCGAAGCCUCCAACACAACAACAACAACACCAUCAUCAAGAUCAUCAAAGAAUAUCAACAAAAUCAUCUUUUCCUAUCCCUCCCAUGAAAACAAACUCCCCCAAGAAACAAAAUUUCAAGCUUUAUGAGAGGAGGAACAGUAACCUGAAGAACAACCUCAUGAUGAUCAACACUUUCCUGCCUUCUAGUGGCGGCGGCGGUGGCGGAGGUGGUGCUUUUUAUUCGCCGAGGAAUGCGGAGAUCUUGUCUCCGAGCUUACUUGACUUCCCGAAGCUAGCUCUUAGCCCGGUUACACCAUUAAAUGAGGACACUAUCAACAAGGCUUCGCCUUCUUUAGGGAAUUCAUCUGAGGAAGACAAAGCUAUAGCGGAGAAAGGCUUUUACUUGCAUCCAUCACCUAUGUCGACUCCUAGAGACACUGAGCUUCAGCUGUUGCCACUGUUCCCGGUUACUUCUCCAAGACUUUCAAGCUCCUCUUCUUAAAAAUUCAGAGAACAAAUUGAUUAUGUUAGUUUGAGAGUGGUUUGUCAAGAGGGUUAGGCUGAAUUUGAGUGGGAAAAAAAUGAAGUAAUGAGGAUCUUUCUUCAAUUGUAUGAUUUGAUCUCCUUUUAAUUAUGGUAAAGCUCUUCCUUUUCACCA